UCUGUGUGCAAGAACUCUCCAACUGGUGCGACUUUAUGAAUGUGAUGUGAUAUUUUUCCACAACACCAUACAUUUAUGAGCAGUGACCGGUGUUUGUGGUCAGAACUUAGUGCUGACUUUUUCAGCAGGUGUUUGACAAAACUGUGAUUCUGUAAAGAAUGGUCCCCACUCUACCUGCCCAGAGUGAGCAGGUAGUACCACCAGGCACUCUUAACUCGGGCUCCUCCGUAUACUGCGUGCAGUCCAUCCUGGGACAGGGCGCCUAUGGCAUUGUUGUCAAAUGUGUAAGAAUAAAGGACAUGACCACUGUUGCCGUCAAGAUGAUUAAGCAACGGCCGUGUUUUCUGAAGCUAGCCAACAUUGAAGUGGCCGCUUUGAGCAGACUGAAGUCUCUGUGUGUUGACAAAUGCAACCUUGUCAAAUGGCACAGAGUCUUCAUGGACAAAGGACAUGUGUGUUUGGAGUUUGAACACCUUGACAAGAGUUUGUACGAGUUCCUGAAGGAGAGAGACCGCUGUUCACUUCUUCUGAAAGAGAUCAGACCCAUCAUCCAGCAGUUGGCCAAUGCACUCAACCAUUUAAAGCUCGCAGGCAUCAUACAUGCAGAUCUCAAGUUGGAGAACGUGAUGUUGGUCAGCCACGAGAAGGAGCCCUACAGGGUCAAAGUCAUUGACUUCGGCAUGGCCUGUAAGGACUCGGAGGCCAAAGUAGGGUCCUACAUUCAAAGCCGUCCAUAUCGAGCCCCAGAGAUCAUCCUAGGACUUCCAUUCACCGUGGCUAUUGAUAUGUGGUCUUUAGGUUGCUUGGCUGCUGCUCUCUACCUUGGGACCCAGCUCUACCCUGGAAAGACGGAGUACGACAUGAUGAGGUUCAUCGUGGAGACAAGGGGUCAGCCAGCAGACCACCUCCUCUCGCACGGACGAAAAACUUCUCGUUUCUUUCAGAGGGACAACAGUUCCACCCCUUCCCUGUGGAAACUCAAAAGCCCACAACAGUUCUAUACAGAGACAGGGAUUCGCCCAAUGAAGAACAAACAUUUCAGGGUUACCCGUCUGGAUGAUCUUAUUCACACUCAGGCCGUCCACUGUGAUAAUGCUGCAGAUAAAGUUGCUCAAAUGAGUGACGCACUAAUGUUUGUAGACAUGUUGAAGGAGAUGCUUCAUCUUGAUGCAACCAAACGAGCUACACCCGGUCAAGUGCUGCAGCACAAGUACAUCACCAUGCAGCACCUCAUCAGCAUGAUCCCUCACAGUAACCACGUAGUCUCCUGUUUUCACAUAAUGGACCGUUUUCAGGACAAAAAAGAUGCCCGUCCAUCUCUGCAGAAGAAUUCCCCCAGGUCUAAUAUUCCUGUGGAGCUGACUGCAAUGUACAGGAAAUAAAGGACUCUAUUAUUACUGCAAGGACCCAAGACUAAGUGAAAAUGUCCUGGACCUGGACCUGGAUCUGUUCAGAAUAACAACAAGUGCAUCCAGGAUACAAGAACAUCUUCAUAAGCAAAGAGCAAAAACGCCAAGCUCCAUGAGAAAGGCAGGUCGACUGACUCUUCAAACACACAAAAACAUCAGGUUGCAUCUUCAGCACCAGACUCAACGUCUAAUCAGAAAUAAA